AUGUCCUCACCACAACAAACCCUCCUCCGCUUUUCCCGCUUCACAACGUCCCUCUCCGAAGUCCCACUCCUCUCCCGCCGCGCCCAACUCCGCGGCUUCAGCGCAACACCCCAGGUCGCAUCACAGACCCGAUUCUCCACAGACAACCCAACCACGGGCUCCACCGCCGAGCACGACUCCGUCCCCUCCCAAUCCGACAGCGGUUCCGGCCAGCGCGAUGCUGGCGAAAUCGGCUUAGGCUCCCACACUGGGAUGUCCGGCAGCGUCGGUGACUCUGCAUCAGGAGCGCGAGAAUCAGAUGUGAACAGCAACGCAUCGAACACGCAGAACCAUCCCGGCGGUUUGAGGAGCUCGCCGAACGACAAUGUCAAUGAGGCGCACUCGCAACCAUCAGAACAGGCAAAGGAUACGACUCAGACUACGAAGCAGGGACAUCAGGAUGCGGAUCCGCUCUUGAAGGGGCAGGACGAGGGGCCACAGUCGAUUAAUGCGGAGAAGGCGGCUGCGAAGAAGUGA